AUGAUAGCAAGUCUACCAGACGAGUUAGUCAAUUCCAUACAGCAACAAAUCAUAUUCCGCCAGACGCAACUUCUGCAACUUUCGCUGUUCUAUUCUGAUGGUUUUCCGAGCCCUGAUGUACUCGUCGCAUAUGGACCAGAAGACGUAGCGAAACUCGAAACCAUUCAACAUGCGCUAACCAGCCGGAACAUCCACUAUGUGGUGGUCAAUUGCAGGGAGUGUCUGUCCCAGCGACACCUGCUCAGCAAGAUCUUUUCACGAUGUGUGAAAUCAUUGGACUCUGAAGGCGCCCUGGAGGAGGCCAGAUAUGAUCGUCUCGACAGUAUUAACGCCCUCUUUGGGAACUUGAAAAAGUUACUGCAGCCAAGGGAAGAGAAAUUGGUGGUCAUUCUGGCAUGCGCGGAUCAGCAGCGAGGUGCAACAGCUACCUUAUUUCCUGCUCUUGCGCGAUUGUGCGACUCAAUACCCUGCUUAUCCAUCAUCCUCACCUCAAGCGCGCCGCAACCACUCGCACUACACAAGGCUGGAAUACCUUACCUAUACUUUCCUCCUUUAAGGCGCAGCGAAGCUAUAAAACUUCUGCUCCGGGAUCCUCCACGGCUUCUACCAGAUCCUCUUCCAGAGUAUGCUCCAAGCAUAAAGCAAGAAAGGUUACAUAGUAUCUACAACCAAUUCGCAACGGUUGUAUUUGAUACGUUGAUAGCACCGACUACGAACUCGAUCGUCAAGUACAGACAGACAAUCGAAAGGCUUUGGCCACGCUUUAUCUGGCCCCUAGUAUCUGGCGAGACGCCCACUGGAAGAAGCACAAAUAACAACUGGGACUUUGCCCGACUUCUAAGCAGGAAUCGAAUACUCUUCCAGAACGAAGGUGAGGAGUCGUUACAAGAAAAACUAAUCUCCGUCUCGAGCCUGCCGAGUACUUUCGAAGAGCUCGUAUUGCAUAAGGCGGAGCAGGAUGAGAGAUUAACUACACAGCCUGAGUCCGGUACAUCUACGACAUCAAAAUCACCCUUCAAACCAGUACAGCUAUCUGCUGCAGAACACCACACACCACAAGGCCCACCACUCCUCAAAUUCUUCUCCACUCUGCUCCUCCUCUCCGCCUACUUAGCCUCCCACACCCACCCAAAGCACGAUAUAGUCCUCUUCUCCCGUCUCUCCAACGCCUCAUCCACUAAUCGUCGCAAAAAGAAGUACCUCGCCCGCUCCCGCGCAGGCGGAAUCACCAAAACACCAACCAAAUCGCCCUCCAAGAAGAACGCCUCAGCUCCCGACGGUGGCGACGACAACGACAACGAUACCUUCAACACCACCCCAAGCAAAAAGCGCAAAACCUCAACCAAAGACCUCGGCCUCGCCCUCCCAACAACCAGCACCCCCAAAAAAGAACGCGCCGACCGCUCCAUGCGCGCUAUCUUCGAAAAAACAUCCAAUAUCGCCCGCCCUUUUAUCCUCGAACGCGCCAUUGCGAUCCUCCGCGCCAUCCACCCCGACGGAAUCAAGAUGGGAAAGGGAAUCGCGGACCGUGUGUACGCUGAACUUGCGGAGUUGGAGAGGUUGAGACUUGUGGUUAGGGCGGAUGAGAGGGGGAAGGUUGCGGUUGAGGAUCUUUUGGAGGAGCAGUGGAAGUGUCUUGUGGGCAGGGAGUGGGUUGUUGAGGCGGGGAGGGUAUGGGGGGUGGGAAUUGAGGGGUGGGAGGUUGAGUGA